UGUGUAAAGUUCACGCUUGACAGCCCGACCAUAACAAACCCUGGAACGACCCUGAACAGGAGGGACAUAGCGUCCACACAGGGGAGGAUUAACCAACAGCCGGGUACAGCUGUGGCCAGAACACGAGGAGGUAAUCAGAACGGCAGUUAUCAGCACAACCAACAGACUGACCACAUAGUCCACCGGAGCCGGAAGUGACAAAUCAAAAUGAAAGUAUGUUCGAAGUUAAACACCCAAGACGGCCAACCUGACAUCAUCAGUUCCACCAACCAUAAACAACUGGUGUUGUCCUCUUACAACCGGACAGCAGGUACAGAUGUCACGCUGUCCUGUUACUCACCCUACGUCCUCAAUGGCCAGUCUAAGGUCACGUGUCAGGCUGACGGCACGUGGGACGUGGACACCAUGCCGUUCUGUGGAGACAAAGCUAUGACUGACGAAGGCAUGACGGCAGAGACGAAGAUCCUGAUUGGUGUGUUGGUAGCGGUGGGUGCUUUCGUCAUCAUGGUGCUCUUGUGUAUUGUGUGCAUCGUCCAGGGAACGGCCAAGUCUCGCCGCCAGAAAAGGUCAGCAAACAAGGGUUACUAUGGCAACAAAGGGAACAACGCUGACGAAAUUGCCUACGUUGUGCCUCCGCGCUCCAGCGCCCCUCCUACUUACCGAGAUGAAAACUUAUACAGGAGCGAUACUCCAUACAGGGCCGAUAACCAGUACAGGGGAGGUGAAACACCUGUACGACGGGAUGAACCUCUCUUCGAUAAGAACGAUAACCGCUACAGACCUCGGAGUACCAGUGUUGACGGUACUUACAGUCACCAUAUAGAUCCCCGCCCACAGAGAGCCAACUCUGUCACGGGGUCGCUUACAAGGGGAAUGCGCGGAGCAGAGAUGUUCUAUAUUUACAAAGGCGACCCAGACCGGAACCGGCAACAGGGUCCCCGUGGUGAUGAACGGGACCGACCUGUAAGCGAGAUUAACUACAGGCCGGAACGUGCACAAAGUGAUUACGACUAUAAGGUCGGGAAUCUGAGAGGUCCACCAUCACGAAGGGUCCCAGUAGCGGUUUCGGAUCGAGGGGCACCAGUGGGUCGACCUCACCGGAAAGAUCUGGUGACCGUGGAGUGGCCAUCUCGCACAGAUACGAGAGAUCUCGAUGAGUUUAACACGAGAGCUCUCUUUCACGGCCGUGACCCCUUCCUGUGGCGUCCUGUAGAUUCGAAUUGGGGGUUCCACCUGAACAGACACGGCAUUUAGACUGAGCUGUGUAGAGAGCAUGGAUACCAAAUAUUCAGCAAACAUGACAACUUUCAAUGAGGUCCUCAAUCGGAUGGAAACAUAUAUGAAUCGUGCCAAAAACAAUGAACCCAAAAAUAGAAGCGUUUGUUUAGACUACGAUUCUAUUAAUGGUAAAUAGAUAUAUAUGGACACGCCUACACUGAGAUGCGUUAAUUCCAAUAGAUGUUUGGUUGUUAGGGCCAAUCAGCUAUGCGCUUCCUCGGAGACAUGUCGGUCACCAAACUAGCCAUGCUUCCAUAUUGAGGACGUAGUAACUUGGGACCAAUAGUUACAUGUCGGACACCAGUCUAUUUCUAGUCUAUACAACUCCUAGUCCAUACAACGUGCCCGGAUUUAACUUGUGUGAGCGACACGCAGACGAAAUUUAGUUGAUCUAAACUAUGACCUGAGGUCAAUCGACAGUGAAGUUCGAGCAGGAAUAUAUCAAUACGCAUGUUUGUAUUGUAGCCAAUUUAGGCCACUUCCUCCCUAUAUAUUAUGGGGCCAGAUCCGGUCACCUCUCCCUCGCUAUAAUGUAGCUAUCUAGGGUCAUAUCUCCCUUUGCUGUGGCUACCUUAUUUUACCAUUACUUCCGAGGAUAUGUAUGUUCCAAAACAUGAGCUAAUAACAUUAGAUGAAUAACCACUGACUGGAUGUUUUAACAAUAUCAUUUGUGAAGGUGAGUACUUAUAUCGUGCUAUACCUAACUGUGAGAACUAUAUAGUGUUGAUGAUCUGUGAGAACUAUAUAGUGUUGAUGAACUGUGAAAACUAUAUAGUGUUGAUGAUCUGUGAGAAUAGUAUAGUACCGUAUUACUGGUUACCUGUGUGAGCUGUUAACAUGAACAAAAUGUUUACAUUAAAUAUACAUUAUUGUACUAUGUUUAUCUCGACCUGAUACUCAGUAAAAUGUAUAAUGGUGAUUUUAAGUGACAAGGGGAAGUGUCCUCAAAUCUGUGCCUGCCUAUUUUUGUAUACAUGUUCCUAUGUUAUAUAUAUAUAUGUAAGUAUAAGUAUAAGUAUGUCAAUGAUAUGAUUAAUAAAAUGUUAGAGAUAUAGCUAAUAAAUAACGAGUAUUCAUCCGAGUGACGUCAUUCAUACAUUAUUUAUAUACUUUAUAUCAAAACUUAAUAACAUUGUCAUAUCCUUAAUGGUUUACGCUCGUCCUGGCACAUUGAAAUGCUCGUUAUGAGGAUCAAAACACACAUUCAAAAAUAAACAAUACAUCUAUACUUUGUCAAUUUCAUAAACACUUUUUUCAAAAUCGCUAAAUCUAGUCAAUGGCUCCGUUUUUGUUAUAUUUCCAAAACUUUCCAAUAGUAUCAAUAUGUAAAGAAAGAUAACGUGUUUUUGUGAUGUCCCGAAAUCGACAAAGAAAACUUUUACGAAGGGGUGUUCCUAACACAACAAUCCAACCUUUUACCAGGGAAUGCCCUGGACUCGACAAUCAAUAUUAUUGACAAACAAACAACUUUUAUACAAAUAUUUCAGAGGUUCAACACAAGUUACCAAUAUAUCGGGAUUCAAAACUGGCCAACUUUGUUGACCUCGAAAUGAUCGAGAUUGGUGCUUUUUUCGUGUAAGUAAUUUUAUGGAUAUCAUCCUUUUCUAUAAACAUGCUGACACCACCCGGUCGUCUCAUUUUAAGUAAAUCUAAGAAAAAUGUUUUGCAUCAACGGUAUUGCAAUAAAAGGUAAUGACUUGUGCAGUUUAGAUAAAACAAUGAUUAAUGCAUCAAAACAAACGCCAUGGCAUAAAGAUUAAUACCGCGUCAGGGUUUUAUCUAAUUAAUCCAUUCGUUUUGCCGUAUCAAUCAUUAUAUUUCAAGGAUCAAGACCUCAUCCUGUCUCUGUCUGUCUGCUCGUUCUCCAUCUUCUUCUUUCUCUCGUUCGAAAUCAAUCUCGAUAGAUCAUGAAUGGCUAUUUUACAAAAAGAAAUAAAAAAAAUAUGUUUACUUGCAAUGACUGUCGAUUACGCAUUAGUAAAUGCAAGGAUUUGCAA